CUUCAUUCACGUACUUUAUACGUGUAAACUAUUUGUAUAUUAUCAAAAUAAAUGAGAUCUAGCUUUUCAUCACCAUCGGUUUUCAAUCAGCUGAAAUACUUAAAUGUUUACGAGAGUUCGGCGAUUCUUUUAAGUUUCCCUUUUUCCAUCCUUGGCGUUCUCCUAACAGAAGAUGGACCAGCCUCCUUGAAGAGGGCAGUAGUGAAAUUAAAAAUCCACCAACUGUGGCCGGCGGAGACUUUAAUUUAGCGCUGGUAGCCGUCCAAGGCAGUGCUGUGCGCUGCUCCGCUCAAGCAGGUUAUGGCCUUUCGUGUCUGUUGACUACCACCACAGCUGUCUGUAUAUUAGGGCACAUCAUUAGUAGGGGAUCCCCCAUCCAACUGAGUGGAACAUUGAGAGCACUAUCGCACUCCUUCGACAAUGAGCAGAAUGAGGCAGACGCACACCUCAACAAACACUAUAAACCAUCACGACCAUGAAAGCAACUUGGAUGCACUGUUGGAAGAUUUACAAACAACUGUGUCUCGAUCCAAUUCUCAACUGAAUCUCAAUGGAGGUACCGUCACAACAGGGUAUCGAGAAGUAAGACGAACAGUAACAGAUGGUACACCCCAUGGUACUAUGAGUGAAUAUCAGAUAGAGUACAUGAAUCCUGCCAACUCUACGCAUCACUUGGUUGAGAGUACUCACCAUAAUGGCCAACAAAGUCAGAGAAAUGCUGCUUCCUACAAAGAAUACCAAUACUCAACUAGUGAACGCAAUGUACGCAGUGAUGCUAAAUUAAAACAGAAUAUUUCUGAGCUAGACUCACUUUUGGAUGAUCUGAACACAGCACAGAAGAAAAAUUUUUCAGAAAAUACAACUUUGACCAGAAACAUCUCCGGAAUAGACGCAGGUCUCCUAGAACCUGUGCAGAGCAGUACUCCUCAUAAUCGCAUAGUGGAACAAAAGCAUUACCGAGAGGAGCGAGUGAACCGUGGGAGAAGCAGUUCUCCAAGAAGGGAACUGGUGUUCACUGGGCCGAGGAGCAGAGACCCAAGCCCUAUAGGCCGAGAACAGCAAUGGGAUCAAGGACCUCCAGGAGUUCGCCAACAGCAGUUUUACAGAUAUGAGAAGACAACCAGCACUAGGACUUCUGGGCCUAAUUAUAUCCAAGAACUGAAUAACUCUUUUGAACCAAACCAAACAUUGAGAAGCAACUUGGCGAUUGAGGACAGCAGUUUAAGAGGAAGAUCUCCAUCACCCGGUGGAAACAGAAUAGAGUACCACUACUCUAACAAUACAACCAACAUUAGAGAUAAUACACCUCUUUACUCAAAUGAGAAAGUUACCAACUACAGGGACAAUAGGGACCACGAAACAACUCGAGAGUAUUCACCCCAAAGAUAUACUACAGGCAAGACAACUAACAGCUACUCCUACAGCAGUACUAACAAAGAUGUACGAAGUAGCGAAGUCCCUAGGUCACCACCACCACCUCAUCGCUCACCUUCACCAGUAACCUUCCAGCAACCACCUUUACCAGCAGCCCCCAAGAGAAGUGGACCCUACAAUUAUGAUAACCAACCUCCACAGUCACCACAACUACCCCAAAAGUUUUCCCCUUCUGACCCCACUAACAGACUUACUUACAACGUUUCUCAGCAACCACAGACUACAGUGUCAACGUACAAGUACAGCAGUACCACAACUAACAAUUACUCUGUUGGAUCACAAGGUGGCUACCCAGGUGAAGAAGCUCCUCUCCUUCCAAGGCCUUUUCCAACUCCUUCGCCGACACCAGAACAACAACCACCCAAGAAGCUUGAUGAUCUAAUGGCCACAUUCUCAGAUAGUCAAAGGGCAGAGCUCAGGAAUAGACAUAAUACCACUACUACAACCUUGCAUAGGUAUGAUUCAGACAGGUCUAACCAGGCUCUGAUUCCCAAUGGUGGUUAUGACAGGGAGAGAGAAAAGGAAAAAGAAAAAUUCAUAGAGAAAGACAAGACCAUUAUAAAGAAAGAAGAAAGCAAAAAUGUUGAGGGACCUCCUGUCUAUUAUCCACCCGGUGUUGAGCUAUUCAGUAAAAAAGAAGAAGCAAUGUCACAGCAACAGAGUGGGGGAGGAAUGUAUAAAGCUAAAGCUAAGUAUGAAUAUGAAGCAAAAAGCAAAAGCAAACAUAAGGAGAGUAGUGGUAAAGCAGUUGUACCAGUUUGUCUGCCAGUGUGUUGCGCCAUGCCGUGUACCAUUAUGUAAAAGCUUAUUAAGAUUUACUCACAUAUCAACAUGAUGACAAUCAGAUGAUUUAUACAUGACAAUAUAAUAUAUUAUUACGUUUAUAAUUAACAUGUUAAUUUUAUACUAUGCUAAAAAUAACGUGGUAUCUAUGUGAUAACAUGGAGUGUUAGAAUGGCAGUCCACAUUGCCAAUUGUACAGAAGCCUUACUAAUUAUUUUAUGUUCAAUGUUAAAAGCAUAAUCAACAACUUAAACAAUCUCAUUGUAAAACCUAAAUCUGAACUUUUAAAUGAAAUGUUCAAUCUACUGAAAAUGUGAAUUGUAUUAUUGUAAAAAAAAAUUACUAAUUAUUUAAUUAUUAGGAACUUUACACAUUUACCAUUAUGAAUAAAUUAUUUAAUUCCAUUAU